UGUACAUUUAUACAAAUAUAUUGUGAAUCAAAUGUUAAUGAAUCUUGUAACAUAAAUGUCAUAUCGCUGAUAUGUGAUGUAAGUAAGAAAUUUUUGAUUAAUAAGCAUAGACAUUAAAAUAAUGAAUUGGGUAAGAAAAUUAAGUCUUAAAUAAAUUUUUGAAUAAAUUAUAGGAAAAAUAUAAGUCUAGCCAUGGACUUGAUGUUCACCAGCACUCCUGACUAUAAAAACAUUUCAUACUCAAAUGUAUACAGUAAUUACUAAAUAAAAAUAAAAAAUAUAAAAUACCUAAUGAUAUAUUCUAAACCAUUAUGUGAUACACCGUAUUAUCAUCUAUUUAGGUUUCAUUAUUAACAAUAUAUUUCACGGAUUUUGGCAACACUGAAGUCGUAUUAUCAGAAAUAUAAGUCUUGAUAAAGAAAUAAAUAAAUAAUCUUGGUUCUACAACUUAAAAUUAAAAUUAGUCUGCAUAAUUAAUUAAUGUUUUACAUUAUUAUAGCAUCACAUCACCAAAAAUAUGAAUAGUCUACGAAGAUUAUUUCCAUUAUGUCCACAACAAAUAUUUUUAGCAAAACGAUCUUCUUCCAAUUCCAGAGAUUUAUCAGAUGAGGAAAACAAGUUAUUGUAUGAUAAACUUAUGCGUAAAUCUUACAAUGAAAAAAAUGAAGAAGCUAGUUCAUUUAUCAAAUGGUUAAUACCUCAUGAUAAAUUUGGACCACCACGUAUUAUGUCAUAUGAUUGGUCUAUGAAAAGUAUAUUUAAUUGGAUGAAACGUCAAAAUAUUGAGUAUAAUAAAUAUACCCAACGUUAUACAGUUGAUCGGGUAAAAGUACUAGGAAGUGAUUUAGCAGCAGCACAUUUUUUUGUGUACCGAAAUGCUGCUAUUAGAUUCCGAGGUCAAGAUAAUUUUAUAAAAUGGGAAAAUAAAAGAGAAGAGUAUAAUACUGAUUUACCUUCAACUUAUGAACCAAAUUUUUUUGUUGAAGCAAUUGAUGCAUCAGAUGUAAUAUUAUAUUAUCAAGGAUUAGAAAAUUUGAAAAAUCUGUAUAAAUUAAAAUGGUUAAGACUAAAAAAUAAUCCAGUACUAAAUAAUUGGCAUUUAGAUUACAUUGGAUAUGCAGUACCUCACUUGGAAUAUUUAGAUAUUUCAGAUUGCCCUAAAGUAACAGCUGCAGGAAUAGCUGGUCUUCAAAAACUAACUCAACUUAAAGAAUUAGUAAUAAAUAGCAAUAAUAUUGAGAUUCAAAUGGCUUGUUUUGCUCUAGAAGAUGUCAUCCCUGGUUUAUUUGUUUCAAUACAAAGUGAAGAUAAUCUGAAUAGCUGUAACUUAGUUAUAGAAGGGAACAUUGAUGUUAAUAAAUCAUAAGAAAAAUAUGUAAUUAAUAGUUAUUAAUUAUUAUCUAAUA